GGUGAUUUCGCCGCGGAAGUAAGCCGAGAAUUACGACGACAUGCCCCCGAUGAUGCCGUCUCAUUCCUCUCAAGGAACAACCCGCCAAUCUCCCCCUUAUUGCGCAAGUGGCUUCAAAACUGCUUUAAAAAUCACCCCAAGUGCAACCAACGACCAAAGUUUUGGCCGAAGAGGGUUAUAUACGUUGGUGACCCCCAAAAAUUGACUCUCGUUGAAGGGCGAGGUGGGGAGGAGGACUACCUUGUGCUCUCGCACUGCUGGGGCCGCCCAACGGCAGAAGAGAAGAACCAGUUCUGCACUACCAGCGAAAACUACGGACCUCGGAAACGGGGCUUCAGCUACGACGAGCUGCCGAAGACAUUUCAAGACGCAGUUCUGGUGACUCGAGCGUUGCAGAAGCAGUACCUCUGGAUCGACGCUCUCUGUAUCAUACAGGAGGGACCCGACUGCGAUUGGGAGAGCGAAGCUAAGGUCAUGGCAGAUAUCUUUGCCGGCGCCUACUGCACCAUUGCCGCGAGUUCAGCAACUGGCUGGGGAGAUGGGUUCCUGGAGUUACAGUCGGAUCCUCCGGACAUUGGAGCACAAGGCACUCCAAGCACACCGACUGGGUAUACGUGUGAUUUCGACAAAGAUGUAGAUGAGGGUGCCCUUAUGAAGAGGGCUUGGGUACUACAGGAACGGGUGCUUUCCCGUCGGAUCAUCCAUUUUACCGCGGCGCACACAUACUGCGAGUGUGGAGACGGAGUGCUGUGUGAACAGCUGACAAAACUGACCCCGCCAUAUGGAAAAAAAUACUUCAUCCUCGAUCCCAGCUUUCCGAGUAGACUCCGCGAGAGCGGGUAUAUACGAACCGUCGAGUUCAUCCAAUUCCUCUUUGAGAGAUAUUCAACAUCCGGCCUUAGCUAUGCAACCGACAGGGAUGUUGCGAUUCACAGCCUGGUCAAGCAUAUGGGACAAGUACUAGGGACUGACGGCAGAUACGGCAUCUUCCGUUGCUUCUUUGGUCACCUUCUCCUGUGGAGGCGAACUACUGAGAACAAGACACCCCAAAUCGACUACAAGAGAUUUGUACCGUCGUGGUCUUGGAUGGCAUAUCCCGGAGGCAUCAGUUUUAUCUGCGAAGCGAGGAGGCGUCUAAAGGUUGCCCGCCUCGAGGACCUUGACUUUACCGACGAGGGAAAGGCGCUGAACGUCCAAGUGAGGAAGUUUGGUGGAAAUUGCCGGAUGGAAGACAAAGGGGAAAUACAUGCUAUUGUCCACGGCACGGAGCAAGUAGGCUCUUUAUGGUUUGAUACAGCAGAUCAGCCACGGCUCGAAGAUUGUAACUGUGUUGUUGUUAGCAUGCUUCAGGACGAGAAGGAAGACGCUUGGAAGACUUACCACGUUCUUGUUAUUCAGGAGAAAGCAGCGGGCGGGGGAUACAAAAGGCUAGGUGUUGCAGAGGUGCAGGCACAGUAUGUCUCCAGCGAUUGCGUUGCCGGCACACUUCGGUGA